AUGGAACCCGUCUCGAUCCUGAGCAUUGUUGGUACAGCUCUCUCUAUAGCAAACGUGGUCACCAGAGCCAUUGCUUCGCUGAGUGAACUUAAGUCCCGAUAUCGCAAUGUCCCACUCCAGCUAUCCACACUCAUCGGACAAUUAUACAUGGUCCAAGCCGCUCUGGACCAGAUUUCAUCAUGGAGCUCUGAGGAUCUGUUCGGCGAUCCGCGAUAUCAACAGCUAGCAGCGCAGAUGGACACAUCGUUGGACUCCUUUCGCCCGCUCAUAUUGGCCCUGCAACAGCAUCUCGACGAACUCGACUCCCACGGGGAUAUCGAUAUGGCUGCAAUGAAAAAGGUGUCGUUCCUUUGGAACGAACAGGAAAUCAUGACAUAUUCGAGCUUGCUCGACUCUCAGGUCAACGCGCUCAGUCUUUUUCUCCAAGCUGUUCAAUGUGAUCCAAAUCAUCACAAUGAAAGCCCGAGCUCGGAAAUCGACCAAGACGCCGAGCAACACUACCCUUUGCCCGUGAUAAGCAGCGAUCGGAUGGGCGAUCCGUGUCAGCCUCCUAGUGCGGCUCAGGACAGUGUCACAGCUCCAAUCCCAGGUGACAAGGCCGUGGGUAUUGCGAGCUCCAGCUUCAAAUCGCCACGCGAGAAGGGUGCCGCGUUGAUGGUCCCGUCAACCAGCUCGACUCCAGCCAAUGCCAUGUUCACACCGAGAAUCGCCCUGUUACGUUUACUGGAGAGAUUCAGAUAUGCCCGAACGACGUAUCAUGCGCAAGAUGCCAGCGAAACACGGGGCCCGCUAGCAGCCAAACCAAACACAGAACCUCCUGACUCAACUAGGACCUCACUCAGGCAGCCAGAAAUCAAGGUGGUGUUGGUAGGCGCGUCUCAAAGCGGUAAAACAACUCUGCAUAAAGCUAUGAAGAACUACUGGAGAGGAGGUUUCAAUCUCGAAGAACGCACCGAAUGGGUGGUGCUUCUUCGAGCAAACACCAUCCAAAGCAUCCGAUAUAUUCUCGAAGAAAUGGAAUCGUUCAAGAUCCCGCUACAGCAUGAAGAAAACGGGAGCCACGCCCAGUAUAUCUUCCUACAUCCAACCCACUUCAAGCCCGACGACAAAUAUCCAGAAUACCUAGAAGAAGUGGCAAUAGCAAUUACGCAGCUGUGGGCGGAUGCUGGCGUCCAAGAAGCAUUCAGAAGACGUCAAGAAUACUGGCUGAUGGAUAAUGUGUCAUACUUUGCAAACAAUACGCAGCAGUUAUUCACACGCGGAUAUAUUCCCAGCCAAGAAGACAUUCUCAGAUGCCGGCUCAGGACUAUCGGUAUCACGGAGACACAAAUCGAUCUGGGUGAAGUGACUGUUCGCCUCAUGGACAUGGGUGGAGUAAGGUCAGAGCGGAAGAAAUGGAUACACGCGUUCGAUAAUAUGGAUAGCAUUGUUUUUACAGUCGACACUACCAGCUACUGCCGGCGAUUGAUUGAAGACGAAGAGGGGAAUAGUAUGAGUGAGUCGUUCUGCCUCUGGGAAGCCAUCGCCAACAGCCCCUAUUUCACAGAAGUCAACUUCUUCCUUAUGUUCACGAAGGUCGAUUUACUUCCGGAAACUUUUGAAUUGUCUCCCAUCACCCAGUACUUUCCUCAGCUACAAGCGACUGUCGAUUCUUGUGGUGAUAUGGAUCAGCUCAUCGACUCAUACCUAGCGUUUCUGAAGGGGGGAUUCCUCUCGCUUAUGGAAUCGGAAGAAGCUCGCCGGCGAACACAAGUUGUCUUCGCUGACUUAGUUCAAAUUGAUGACAAAAACCCUGCCGGCUCCGUGCUCGAAAGUCUGAAGGCUCGAACAUUGGGCCAGAAAUGA